GAAAUCUAAGAGAAGCCAUUUCUAGGCUAGCUCAGAAACAUGGAGCUCAGUGCAGAGGAGAAGAGGAGUGGUAGCAGAGAGGAGGACAGGCAGCAGCAGAGAGGAACAGCAGCCCACUGGAACGGGGGUGAGGUGAAGGCUCUGCUGGUAGUGUGGAGGGAGAGAGAGGGCUGGGACGAGCCAGAGAGCAGAGCCAAGUACGAGGCCAUCUCAAGCCGGUUGAGAGAUUUUGGCAUUAUAAGGGAUUGGCUUAGCUGCCAGACGCAAAGCAGAGCGAUGGCUCUACCAGACUGGAGGCCUCCACCGCCCAAGGCACUGUCCGACAACAGGACGUUACAGAGGUCUUACGAAAUGUCCGAAGAACACGGCAGUCCCGCCAAGAGGAGAGAUGGAGGAGCUUCCAUCAGCACUUUUCAGGAGGGCAUGGAGGGAGGGAGACACUGGUCUGACAAAGAGAUUCGUGCUCUACUCGCCGUCUGGGCUGACCGAGAAUUCCAGGGGCGUCUGCAGAGCACCCAUCGCAACAGAGCCAUCUUCCAAGAGAUGGCCCGCCGCCUAGAGGUACAGCACGGCGUCGUGCGGGACUGGAGGCAGUGCCGCACCAAAUACAAAAACCUCAAGUACGAUUACAAAGUAAGCAAGGACCAGGGCCGCUUCAUGCGCUUCUUUGCGGAGUUGGAUGCAAUACUACAGGGCAAGGUCAUUGAUGAUGGCCUGGACGAGGAUGACAAUUUGCCCAGGGAAGGACCUGAGGGUGACCAUGGCACUGGAAGGCUAGAACCUGGAGAAGACAACUACAUAAAGAUUGAUGAUGAUGAAAGUUUGGCAGAUAUGCAGACAAUAAUCAACACAGGGUCUCAUGCCCUCAUCACAAAAGACACAGAAGGGUGUAGCACAUCUCCAUUGAGAAGAGCGGCAUCAGAUGACCCAAACGUGAUUACAGUUCAUGACUCAGGCCGGAACUGGACAGAAGAAGAGGUGGCAGCAUUGCUGAACAUCUGGGCAGAAGAUGGGAUACAGCAACAGCUCCAGGUUUCGACCCGAAACAAGGAUGUGUUUGUGCAAAUAUCACGGCGGCUUCUUCAGCAGGGCGUGGAGAGGGACUGGAAGCAGUGUCGCACCAAAUACAAGAACCUAAAAUAUCUUUAUCGUUCUCUACAGAGAGGAAAGGCUGAUAUGGGAGACACUCGUCGCAUUAUGAAGUUUUACGAGCAGCUGGACAACAUUCUGUCCAAGCCCAGCAGAGGCCUCUAUGGGCCUGCUGGGAUGUUCAGUCCUACCAUGUUUGAUGAGCAUUCCUUUGAAGAAACUAAUUCAAAUGAAGACUCUGAUGUGAUUGCUGUUGAAUUUGAUCAUCAGGCCAUUGAUGAGGCCAUUUUGAGAGACUCCCCUGGCAUAAUCACAAGACUAAUCCAAACUGGCAGUGCUUUAAAAAUGUCAGUAGAGGACGCUGAUGCUAAGUAUGAAGAACGGGCUCAAGUUGAUGGUAUUUUGCUAAGGUCAGGCGACAGUGCAAAGACAGGAUAUGGUCAUUCAAGCACAGCAGGAACAUAUGAUGGAGGUCAGGAAUUCAAAGUAAACAAAGAAGAAACGGAGACAACAUUCAUGGAAAGAGAGCAUGCAAUGUCAAGCAGAAGAAGAAAAAGAAAAGCCACAGAUGAAGAUUUUAGUCUGCCUAGUAAAAGAUUUCAUCAGAGCAUGGAUGAUGGAGACAGCAGCACUGAUUGGUCUGAGAAUAUUGACUAUCAGUGCAAAGAAGAGCGGGAUCCAUACAUUCCAAUCAUGGAAAUCACUUCUGUGUGUUCAAUGGCCUCAAACACUGUGACAGCUGAAAACUUGGGCAUACGAUUUGCUACAGAAAUGGCGUCUGUAACCACAGAUCUGAAACUCGGAAAGAAGCUGAACGAGGGAAAGACCAAGCAGAUCUUCGAGCUCCCGGGCGAGCCCGGUCAUGUUCUGGUUCAGUCCAAAGACCAAAUCACGGCGGGCAACGCUGUGAGGAAAGACCAGAUGGAGGGCAAGGCCGCGAUUGCCAAUAAGACCACCAGCUGUGUGUUUAAACUCCUGCAGGAGGCUGGCGUUAAGACUGCUUUUGUGAGGCAGCAUUCAGACACAGCGUUCGUUGCCAGCCAUUGUGAGAUGAUUCCCAUCGAAUGGGUCUGCAGGCGCAUUGCCACAGGAUCCUUCCUCAAGAGGAACCCAGGGGUCAAAGAAGGCUACCGCUUCUCACCACUGAAGUUGGAAAUGUUUUUCAAGGAUGAUGCUAACAAUGACCCACAGUGGUCAGAGGAGCAGCUGCUGGCAGCUAGCUUUGACUUGGCAGGUGUGUCCAUUGGUCGCUGUGAGGUGGACAUCAUGAGCAAGAGCACAGUUGCUAUCUUUGAAAUACUGGAGAAGGCCUGGGCAACCCAGAACUGCACCCUUGUGGAUAUGAAGAUUGAGUUUGGCAUCAAUGUGGCCACCAAGGAGGUUGUUCUGGCUGACGUGAUUGACAAUGACUCGUGGAGGCUGUGGCCUGCUGGAGAUCGCAGCCAACAGAAAGACAAACAGGUUUACAGGGACCUAAAAGAGGUCACUCCUGAAGCUAUGCAGAUGGUGAAGAGGAACUUUGAAUGGGUGUCUGAGCGAGUACAGCUGCUUCUGGAACCAAAAUCAAGUGGAAGGGUUGUAGUGCUGAUGGGCUCGACUUCUGACAUGGCUCACUGUGAGAGAAUCCGCAAAGCCUGCAGCUCAUACGGAAUCCCCUGUCACCUUAGAGUCACUUCUGCGCACAAAGGCCCCGACGAGACUCUGCGUAUCAAAGCUGAAUAUGAAGGUGAUGGAGUUCCCACAAUUUUUGUAGCUGUUGCUGGAAGGAGUAAUGGUUUGGGUCCAGUGAUGUCAGGAAACACAGCUUAUCCUGUUAUUAACUGCCCCCCUGUUACCCCUGACUGGGGUGCACAGGAUGUCUGGUCAUCUCUUCGUAUGCCUAGUGGUCUCGGGUGCUCCACAGUUCUGUCUCCCGAUGCUGCUGCCCAGCAUGCUGCUCAAAUCCUCGGCCUCACGGACCACCUGAUCUGGGCCAAACUGCGAGCCUCCAUGCUGAACACCUGGACCUCCCUAAAGCAGGCUGACAAGAAGCUUCAGCAGUGCAGCAUUUAAACCAACAUCAUUGCUCUUCAAACUCAAUUCCAUUCCAGAUGUUUUAAUCUUUCCAUUGCUCACCUGUACUCACAGCUGUCAUUUAUUGUUGAUGGAAGCUUGUGAAUAAAUUCAGUGCCUUUUAUUAACAGGUUCAAUUUUUCAUCUGUACAUGCCAAGAAUAAAUAGAUUCAUA